AUGAAGCUCUCUACUAUUCAUGCCGCUGUCGGCUCGGCCUUGGUGCUGCUGUCCGCACAACCCGCCGUCGCACACGAUUCUACUCACCGCCAUCUUCACAAGCUGAGGCCCGGCCUUGACCCCGUUGGGGAGAUUGAGCAACUCGCUGAGAGGGAGUUGAUUAAGAGGACAUCUGACGGCAAGGCCAUUUGCAGUUUGCCUAGCGAUGGCGACUUGGUGAAAGUACCCGGGGCCUCUAACAAUGGCUUCGCCAUGAGCCCUGAUCAGACGUGUGUUGAGGGAACCUACUGCCCUAUCGCCUGCAAGCCUGGCAAGGUCAUGGCACAGUGGGAUCCAAAGUCGUCCUACACUUACCCUUCAUCUAUGAACGGCGGCCUUUACUGCAACUCUGACGGCAAGGCGACGAAGCCAAUCAAGGAUUCUCCUUACUGCGUCGAUGGUGCUGGAACUGUUGAAGUCUACAACAAGUGCGGCAGGACCCUGUCGUUCUGCCAGACCGUCUUGCCUGGCAAUGAGGCUAUGCUUAUCCCAAGUGUUAUUGAUAAGUCAAUUACCCUCGCGGUCCCCGAUCCUAGUUAUUGGUGCAGCACCGCUGCUCACUACUACAUCAACCCGCCUGGUGUAACUGAUGAAGGUUGCAUCUGGGGUGAUGAGUCCAAGGCAGUUGGUAACUGGGCUGCCUAUGUCGCCGGAGCCAACCAAGACGCCCAGGGCCGGACUUUCGUAACUCUUGGUUAUAACCCCAUCUGGGAAGGUUCCGCCUUGAGGAACACGAAGCCCACCUACGGCGUCAAGAUUGAAUGUUCUGAGGGUGGCUGCAACGGCACCCCUUGCUCUAUCGAUCCUUCUACCAAUGCGAUUGGUGAGGUCACCAGCAACUUGGCCGGUACUGGCGCUGGCAACUCCAAGUACUGUGUCGUCACUGUUCCUAAGGGAAAGAAAGCUCGCAUUAUUGUCUUCCCUCUGGAUGGCUCCGGUGGUGACGAUUCAGACGACAAGAAGAAUGAUGACAAGGUGGAAAUCAAGGUAGCCAAGCCUACACCAACCCCGACUCCGACUCCCACUCCUACUCCCACGCCGACGCCUACGCCGACACCGUCCUCUUCUGCUGCCCCUAGUUCAAGCAGCUCCGUUCAACAGUCCAGUUCCUCUUCUUCUUCCUCCUCAAUUCCUACCCCCACUGUCAUCCCCGGCAUGUUCCACGAGAACGAUACGGCUACGACGUCAUCUGAGAACUCCAAGGUGACGACCCUUGAGCCUACCACUGCCUCUAAGACCGAAGAGGCUGCCCCUGCGACAACCUCAAAGGAGAAUGAAGGCACUAAGCAAGGCGGUGGGGCCAUUGCUGGACUCAUCAUUGCCUUUGUUGCCGCCACGUUCCUGUACUGA